GGCCCGGGGUGGUGAGCACUUCUCCGGCACCAUGUUUGCUCCGUCCGGCCCUGCCGCCCGGCGAGGCCCGCGCCCGUUGCCGUGGCUGCUGCUGCUCUUGCUCGGGCCCAGCGCGGUGCUCGGCAUCUCCUUCCACCUGCCCGUGAACUCGCGCAAGUGCCUGCGCGAGGAGAUCCACAAGGACCUGCUGGUGACGGGCUCGUACGAGAUCACAGACCAGCCCGCGGGCGAGGGCGGCCUGCGGACCCACCUCAAGAUCACAGAUUCUGCUGGCCAUAUUCUGUACUCCAAGGAGGAUGCAACCAAGGGGAAAUUUGCCUUUACCACGGAAGAUUAUGACAUGUUUGAAGUGUGUUUUGAGAGCAAGGGAACAAGGCGGAUACCUGACCAACUCGUGAUCCUAGACAUGAAGCAUGGGGUGGAGGCAAAAAAUUACGAAGAGAUUGCAAAAGUUGAGAAGCUCAAGCCUUUAGAAGUGGAGCUGCGACGCCUUGAAGACCUUUCAGAAUCUAUCGUGAAUGACUUUGCCUACAUGAAAAAGCGUGAGGAGGAAAUGCGGGAUACCAAUGAGUCAACCAACACUCGAGUUCUGUACUUCAGCAUCUUUUCAAUGUUCUGCCUCAUUGGACUCGCCACCUGGCAGGUCUUCUACCUGCGUCGCUUCUUCAAGGCCAAGAAGCUGAUUGAGUAAGAAGGCACAGUCUCCUCCCACUGCGUAUCUCAGCCAGCUGAACAUCGCUGGGACGUGCGGGGCCUAAGGCACCCUCUCGACUGCACCAUCAAGGCACGUCAGAACUUUCUUGCCAGACGGAUCUCUCAGUGUGGGAGGACAUGUGUUCCCACCUACACCCAACAAGUCAAUGAGGGACCUCUUUAUAUCGGUAGGAUUUGGACUGGUUUUGCAACAAUAAGACUAUUAAAUCACUAAAUUCACCUAUGACAAAAAAAAGGGGGGGGGGUUACCUAGAUAACGCCAAAGCCAGCAUUUGUUUCCUUAUGUGAGCUUUUGAACCAUCUUUUCUUUCCUUCUCCAUUUGUUCACCAGCUUGGGCUUCUCUUCUGGUUUCUUUACAAAGAUCUGUAUAGCCAUUCUGAAGUUGUUUCAUUCGGAUUGUCUCCUUUGAAUUUCCCUGUGAAAACAUCCUAACUUUCUCUUGACCCUUAACUGAAAUGUUUAGGUAGUUUCUGGUAUUUCUUUUCAUAACUUUAUGUUUCCUAAGAGGAUGGAUGUGAAUACUUCAUGGCAAUGAGCUUUGAAUUGUGACAAUUCUCAAAAUUUCAUUUUUUUUUUUAGAGAAUUAAAAUAUUUGUGUUCAACUGCUUGAA